UGUGGAGGAAGACAAGUGGAAUUGACCAAAAUGGCCACAGCACCCUCAACCAUGGCUAGCCACCUCAAGGGAAGUCUUGCAACUUCUUUUACUAGAGGACUUGUUACCCCCAAGGGCAUUUCUGGUAUACCAUUUAGACUCCUGCCUUCCUCUGCCAAAUCUUCCUUCACCAUCAAGGCCGUUCAAAGUGAUAAGCCCACUUACCAAGUGGUUCAGCCCAUCAAUGGUGACCCGUUCAUCGGAAGCCUCGAGACUCCGGUGACAUCAAGCCCAUUGAUUGCCUGGUAUCUUUCAAACCUUCCUGGAUACCGUACCGCGGUGAACCCGCUGCUACGUGGUAUCGAGGUCGGUCUAGCUCACGGGUUCUUUCUAGUGGGCCCAUUUGUGAAAGCAGGUCCAUUGAGAAACACAGAGUAUGCGGGUGCAGCUGGAUCGCUAGCCGCUGGUGGAUUGGUGGUGAUCCUAAGCAUUUGCUUGACAAUGUAUGGGAUGGCAUCGUUUAAAGAGGGUGAGCCAUCGAUUGCACCAUCAUUAACCUUGACCGGGAGGAAGAAGGAACCGGACCAACUUCAAACGGCGGAUGGUUGGGCCAAGUUCACCGGCGGGUUCUUUUUUGGUGGGAUCUCUGGGGUCACAUGGGCUUAUUUCCUCCUCUAUGUACUUGACCUUCCUUACUAUGUUAAGUGAGAUCUUAAUUUAAGGCCUCUUUUAGAAGAGGUAUGAUUGCUAAAUAUGGGAAGUUGUAAAUUAAUGGGAUGAUCUUUUGAAAGAUAUUGUUUAUGAUGUUUUAUAUAUUUGAAUUUUCUCUUAAAUCAAAUGCUAUCAUGUUAAAAUAA